AGGGUGUGCUGAAUUGUGCCGGUGGACUAAAAACUCCCGCCAUUUCGACAAGGAAUUAACCUCUUGAUUGAUUCGGGCUACUUUCUCGCAACACUCGUUGAUGCUAUUACUCAACACUUGAAACUCGGACCAAACGAACACGCAGCGGAUUCAGUUCAGCGGACAGCGAACCCGGUUUAAAAGACUUGGUUGGAAUUGUAACCACGCGCCAGACCUCCCGCGGACUGGGUUUGUGCUUUUGCCGCGAGUUUCAUUUCUGUGGGGUUUUGCAUCCUUUGACGUGCAUCCGAAGGAGCCAAAAGUUUACCAACUAUCCCGGGAGACUGGUUGAGCAGCGUGUUUGAAGACAGUACCUACGGGCAGCAUGACAGCGCAUCCAGAGGAGCUGGGAAUGAUGCGAUGAGGCAGACUGAGAGAAGCGCACUGUUAUUGUUUUGUAACGACAUAGCAAUCCGAGCUACGAGCUAGUCGGCUAGCUGCUACACGUUGAGAGCCGGGCCUGCCGGCGGUAACGUGAGACGUGCUACCGCUCGGCACUGACAUUUCUGCCGGUUGGAUACAUGCUAAGGACAUAUAAUCGUGUAUUGUGCUAGUCCGUCGCCAGAAGACCUAAACACACCAUCGGCAGUCGUGCCAUCUCUGGAUUUGAAAUGGCACCGCUUUUGGGCCGGAAACCGUACCCACUGGUUAAGCCGCUAGCCGAGCCACCAGGCCCGGGAGAGGAGGUCUACAUCAUCGAGCACACCAAGGAGGCCUUCAGGAACAAAGAAGAGUACGAGGCGCGGUUGGAGAGGUACAGCGAGCGCAUCUGGACGUGUAAGAGCACUGGAAGCAACCAGCUCACACACAAAGAAGCAUGGGAGGAGGAACAAGAAGUCACUGAACUGCUCCAGGAGGAGUAUAACGAGUGGUUUGAGAAGCCCGUCCUGGAGAUGGUCCACCACAACACAGUGUCUUUGGACAAACUGGUGGAAAUGGCUUGGGUGGAAAUCCUCACCAAGUACGCCGUGGGUGAAGAAUGUGACUUUCUGGUGGGGAAGGACAAAAGUUUGCGAGUCAAGGUGGUGAAGGUCCAUCCUUUAGAAAACCCCGAGGGUGAGCCUGGGGAGAAGAAGCUCGAAGGAGCCUGUGACUCCCCUUCCAGUGACAAGGAGAACGCAAGCCAGGAAAACCAGAGGAAAGAGCCUCCACUGCGAGAGGAGGAGAGCAGGAGGGAGAGCCUGAGUGAUCGGGCUCGACGUUCUCCGAGGAAACUUCCUACUGCCAUGAAAGAAGAGAAGAAGAGAUGGGUCAUGCCCAAAUUCCUCCCUCAUAAGUACGACGUGAAGCUCAUCAAUGAGGACAAGGUGAUCAGUAACGUGCCAGUAGACAGUCUGUUCAGGACAGAGCGUCCUCCCACCAAGGAGAUCAUACGCUACUUCAUCAGGCACUACGCUCUGAGGCUGGGCAUGGCAGAAAACGCUCCCUGGGUGGUUGAAGACGAACUGGUGAAAAAAUACAGUCUGCCCAGCAAAUUCAGUGACUUCCUGCUUGAUCCACACAAGUUUUUGGCAGAAAAUCCCUCAGCCAAGCGUAAAAGUUUGACGUCUCCGGAUGGGAGAUCAAGCAAGAAGCUGAAGACGGGCGACACGGCGGGACAGGAAUCGGGAAAUGAGAAGGGGGAAAAGAAAAGGAGAAAGAAGAGCGACGGCCUGGGGAUGCCCCUCAGUCCCACCAUUUGGGGUCACAUGCAGAAGAUUAAAAUGAAUGGUUCUCCACUCAAGGUAAAGAACUCGGGGACUCCUAAGAAGGACGGCAAGGGCUCUUCUCCCGCCUCGCCGAGAUCCGGCCGAAAGUCUGUGGACAAGAAGAGAGGAAAGAAAACAGGAAAAGGUGACGAUAAGCUCAACGUUCUCAAAGCCUCCAAAAAGGACGGAAAAGCCGGGGCGAAAACACCAAAGAUGAAGCAGAUGACUCUGCUACAUUUGGCCAAGAGCCCCCCUGCAGGAAGUCCAAAGAAGAGAGCCCGCAGUACAGGCAUGGGCACGCCGAAGCUCGGGAAGCCUCUGCACCCCAUGGCUCUCCACCUCCUUCGCUACUACAAAGAGAACAAGGGCAAAGAGGAUAAGAAGAACUCCCUUUCCUCUCUCAUCUCCAAAGCAGCGAAGGCCUUGUCCUCAGACGACCGCGGUCGGCUGCCGGAGGAGCUCAGAGAGCUGGUCCAGAAACGCUGGGAGCUUCUGGAGCAGAAGAAGCGAUGGGCCGCCAUGAGCGAAGAGGAGAGGAAGGUGGAGAUGAAGAAGAAACGCGAGGAGCUCCGGGAGAAGCUGAGAGAAAAGGCCAAGGAGCGACGCGUGAAGGAGAUGCUGGUCCGCCGCGAGCAGUCGCGAAGAUACGAAGACCAAGAGAUCGAAGGCGGCAAAAACCUGCCAGCGUUCAAACUGGUGGACAUGCCCGAGGGGCUGCCCAACACCCUGUUCGGCAACGUGGCCAUGGUGGUGGACUUCCUCCACUGCUACGCCGGGCUGCUGAUGCCGGACGACCAGUACCCGAUCACGGCCGUCGCUCUGAUAGAGGCGCUGGCGGGAGACAGGUCCGGCUUCCUGUACCUGAACCGCGUGCUGGUGGUCUUGCUCCAGACGCUGCUGCAGGACGAGCUGGCCGAAGGCUACAGCGAGCUCGACAUGCCCCUGUCGGAAAUCCCCCUCACCAUGCACUCCGCCUCCGAGCUGGCGCGGCUGUGCCUGCGGCCGUGCGACACCCACGGCGAGGAGAGCGGGCAGGGGUCGGAGGACUCGGGGGCCCCGGGGGGCUUCGACGACGUGGUGACGACGGAGUACCUGGAGAAGCUGGAGACGGUGGAGGUGUUCGAGCUGACUCCCGAGGAGAAGGUCACCCUGCUGGUGGCGCUGUGCCACCGCAUCCUCAUGACGUACUCGGUGGUGGACCACGUGGACGCCAAGCAGCAGCGGUCGGCCGAGCUGUGGAAGGAGCGCCUGGCGAUGCUGAAAGAGGUCAACGACCGCAAGAGGGCCGAGAAGAAGAUGCGGAAGGAGAUGGAGAGCAAAGGAGAGAAGAAAAAAGAGUCAAGUGUAAAGAAAGAAAACAAAAAAGAAGCGGUGAAGGCCGAGCCUGAGCCAGAGGACAUGAUCAGCUCGGUGAAGAACCGGCGGCUGAUGGCCAUGCAGGCCAAGAAGGAGAAGGAGGAGAUGGACAGACAGAACAAAGAACGGAUGGAGAAGGAGGCCGAAGAGGAGCGGAUACGUAAACAGAGGGCCGCCACCGAGAGAGCCUUCCAAGAUGGCAUCACCAAAGCCAGGCUGGUGAUGCGCCGGACGCCGCUGGGGACGGACAGGAAUCAUAACAGGUACUGGCUUUUCUCCGACGUCGUCCCCGGCCUGUACAUAGAGAAAGGAUGGGUGCAUGAAGGCAUCGACUACAACUUCACCCCCCCGCCAGAGGACAAACCAGCCGAACCCGAGGUGGAAGACGAGGAGGAGGAGGACAGUGAAGCAGCCGCUGCCCCUGAUUCACAGGAAGCUGAGAAGGAUGACGGGAGUGUCGAUGGUGCGGCGAGCGAAGGGCUGCAGCAGGGACCAGCAGUGGAUGUCUGCAUAGAGACGACGGUUCCCAAACAGGGACAGAACCUCUGGUUCAUCUGUGGCAGCCCGGCGGAGCUGGAGGAGCUGGUGGAAAGCCUUCAUCCUCAGGGGGUCAGAGAGAGCGAGCUCAAGGGAAAUAUACAAAGCAGGUACCAGGAGAUCGUCCACUCCAUCCACCUGAGCCGUAAAGCCAAGCUGGGCCUCAGGACCUGCGACGGCUACUCAGAGCUGCUCAAAUACAUGCGCAGCGACAUCCAGGAGGUGGCUUCACGACUCCAGAAGGGAGGCCUGGGAUACCUGGACGACAACACGGACAUCGAAGACCAGUUGGAACAUAUGGAGAGCUUGAAGGACUUUGGCGAGUGCGUCAUCACCAUCCAGGCUUGUGUCAUCAAGAAGUUCCUGCAGGGAUUCAUGGCCCCAAAGCAGAAGAAGAAGAAGAAGCAGGGAGGGGAAGAAAGCAGCAAAGCUGAAGAAGUGGACGAAGAGAAGAGGCUGGCAGAAGAAGCCAGGGUAGCGACAGCGGUGGAGAAGUGGAAGACGGCUAUCAGAGAGGCUCAGACCUUCUCCCGCAUGCACGUGCUGCUGGGGAUGUUGGAUGCGUGCAUUAAGUGGGACAUGUCGGCCGAGAACGCUCGCUGCAAAGUCUGUCGCAGGAAAGGUGAUGACGAGAAACUGAUCCUCUGUGACGAAUGCAACAAGGCCUUCCACCUGUUCUGUCUGCGGCCGGCUCUGUACCGCAUCCCCACCGGGGAGUGGCUGUGCCCGGCCUGCCAGCCGACCAUCGCCCGGCGAGGCUCCCGCUCCAGAAACUAUAAUCAGGACACGGAUGAAGAAGAGGAUGAGGAGGACUCUGAAGAGGAGGACUCCGACGAAGAUGAAGAGGACGAGGAGGAAAACGACUACAAAGCCAUGGGGCACAGCUUGAGACCAAGGAAGAAGAACAAGCAGUCUUCAACUCGACAAAAAAGCUCAAAGAGUAAAUCCAAGAAGCCGUCUCAGGGCAGCAAACAGAAAACGGGUCCCAACAGCCCUGCAGACAUCGAUGAAUUGGUGCGGCAGAGCUCCCAGACGGGAGUGCGCCGACAGGUGCUAGAGCUGGAGCGGUGCGAGGAAAUCCUCAAGAAACUGAUGAAGUUCCGCUACAGCUGGCCUUUCAGGGAGCCCGUUUCCCUGGAGGAGGCCGAGGACUACCUGGACAUCAUCUCCCAGCCCAUGGACUUCCAGACCAUGCUGGGGAAGUUCGGCCAAAGCUCGUACCGCCACGCUCAGGAUUUCUUCGAAGACUUGAAGCUGGUCUUCUCCAACGCCGAGGAGUACAACCAGCAGGGCAGCACGGUGCUCUCCUGCAUGGUGAAGACGGAGCAGGCCUUCACGGAGCUGCUGCAGAAGCUGCUGCCCGGCCUCACCUACCUCCGCCGCCGCUCACGGAAGAGAGUCAGCCAGCAGCCCGCAACGUCCGAGGAGGAGGAGGAGGAGGAGGAGGAGGAAGACGAAGAGGAGGAGGAAGAAGACGAGGAGCAGGAAGAGGAGCCCAAGAAGAAAAUGCAGAAUGGAAAAUCCAGCAGGAAGAACGCCAGAAAUGCUCGGGGACGCAAGGGCCGGGAGAGGGAGAGCGAGAGCGAGCAGGACGAGGAUGAGGAGGAGGAGGAGGAGGAAGAGGAGGAGGAGGACGACGGCGGCCCGAGGAGAAGCAAGCGCAGCCAGGCGUCCAGGAGCAGGAAGGACUACAGGGAGCAGGACAGCGACGGCGAGCGGGACACGAGGAGAACUCGCCAGCGGGGGGGCCGGGGCGACGCGAGCAGCGACGAGGACCGCCCCAGCCAGCAGCGACAUUCCAAGAGGCAGAAACGCUCGUGAAACCCGGGGCGCUCACUUGCUGUCCAGUCGUUAAAAUUCGCUUUAAAGUGAAAACCUGAAUCGAUCCCGCUCCUCUGACGACAAACCAACCCCUCCUCCUCCUCCUCCAGCCAGCGGGACGCAAUCCUCAGAAGGACUUUUUUGUGUUAAGAGUUUCUGUUCAUAUUUUGGAAACAAACAGAAGAAAACUGCUUUAUAUUUGUAACAUGUUUAAUAUUGGUGAGAAUUUUUUUUUUUUCCCAACAAAAACCAUAAAAACAAAAAAAAAAAAAAAAAAACAACCCACAACAACCUAUCUGAACUAAAGGAGAGGUGUUUGGUGCUCCUGGGACUCCUCCGUUUCUCCAUGACAACCUCACUCAAGUGUAAUUUGACCCGUGUCGUCUCGUUGAGCAGCUUUUUUAUAAUCCUCCCCGCGCGCUCCUCCCCGAGCGCCGCUCGUCUCGUCUUCACUCGCCGACCCGGCGUGGCUUCACCGGCUCGUUUCGGGGGAAGAUGUCGGAUGUCUUUCCCGCCUCUCGGUUACGAGUCACCGUGAAGCCGCGGACCGCCGGAGGCGGCGUCUUCACACCCGGAACCCUCCACCUGGUCUCCCCUCGCUGCACAACCACUCUGAUGGCUGCCACUGUAAAUUACUCCUACGUCUUGCCUCCAGAGUCAUGCUUUGGUUUAAAGCAAGUCAAUAGAUAAACUUUGUAGGAUUUUGCUAGUUGUAGUAGUUUUUUUUUUUUUCUUCUUUUUCUUUUUGGUUCUCUCCAUCCCGGGUUUAAAAGAUCAGAGCCUGGGUUCAGGAGUGGAGAUCAUUCUUAUCAUGUUCUGUCUUUUAAGGAAAUAACGCAACAGAACAGAGUUUGAUCUUAGCUCUUGGUGCCAAGAUGUUUUCAGGGAAGUGACUCUUGGCUUGUAGAGCUGAGUUGCCUCUCCUCCUCCUCCUCCUCCUCCUCUUCCUCCUCUGUAGUGCCCUGCCACUUUAAACGAACCGGUACCUCAAAUGAUCCAUUUGCACUCUUUCUGUGUAAAGAGCACCUCUGAUGCCAGCAGCUGCAGGACCAUACUUUAAA